AUGGCAUUGUCAACAGAAGUGCUUUGGCAGCAACUCGGGCAUGAGACUCUCGUGAAACUGCUGGAAGUGUGUAAAUAAAAGAAACGGUGGUACUUGGUGUUUGAAUUUGUGGACCACAGAGUACUUGGUGACCUGGAGGCAUUUCCAAAUGGACUAGACUACAACAGGGUUCAGAAAUACUUAUUUCAGAUCAUGAGAGGAACAGCAUUUUGCCACAGCCAUAACAUAAUCCAUUUGGAUAUUAAGCCAGAGAACAUACUAGUUUCCCAGUCGGGAGUUGUAAAACUCUGUGACUUUGGAUUUGCCUGGACCUUAGCAGCUUCUUGGAAACCUUACACAGACUAUGUGGCAACCCAGUGGUACAGAGCUCCAGAUCUGUUGGUGGGAGACAUCAAGUAGGGCAAGGAUGUCGAUGUGUGGCCUAUUGGCUCUCUGAUAACAGAAAUGCUCACAGGAGAGCCCCUUUUCCCAGGAGAUUCAGACAUUGACCAGCUCUACCAUAUCACCAAAUGCCUGGGUAAUUUAAUUCCAAGACACCAAGAGUUAUUUUAUAAAAAUCCCCUCUUUGCUGGCAUGAGGUUGCCUGAAGUGAAGGAGGCCAAAUCUCUGCACAAACGCUAUCCCAAGCUCCCUGCUUCAGUGCUAGAUUUAGCCAAGGUAAUUAACUGGUGGUUUACUAUGAAUGUUUCUCUGUUUACUUGUCCUUGGGAAGCAGAACACAGCCUACAGAAAGAGCUGUGGCUGUUAAAGUGGCUUUCUCUCAACUACCCAUGCAUGAUCAACUGUUUGGGUUGGUGGCUUAGUGGGGCUGCAAGGUUACAACAGCAACCUUCCUGGGUGACUGGCAAGACUAAGCCAGCCAUAUCCAGAGCCAAAAUGGUCAGUGCAUAUCCUCCAGGGAGGAUUUGUAGCAUAUAAUGCCCCACUGAUCAAGUUUUCCAAGGAGAUU